AUAUGUUUUAAUGACUGGUAUUCUGAAAAACCAAGAGGUUUGUUUUUUAAUGGGAAAAACAACAUGCAAGCAUGGGGUCUAAUAGUUUUGUUAGUUUCAAAAGCAGCUGGACAUUCUCCAGAUAUACCAGAUAUGGAAGAAGAUAAAUCCGCUGGAGUACUCCACAGUCAAAGGGCUUUAGCCGAAGUUACUGAAAUGAUACGCACCAGCCAUUUGGUACACAAAGGAUUGGUUAAUUUACAACCGCCAAUAAAAGUGGAUGCACCAGGUGAUAUGAUAUCAGGAAAUAAAAUAGCACUUCUUUCCGGCGAUUUUCUCUUGAGUAACAGUUGUGUCGAAUUAGCUAACUUAAAAAAUCAAGAGUUGGUCGAAUUAAUGAGUUCGGCGGUUCGAGAUUUGGCCGAAGCAGAGUUUGUCGAACCGAGAGAUAUUCAAAAUGCACCGCUUCCCGCCAAACCGAGACCGUCAGCUAAAGCAUACGAACAAUUUGUAGAUAACACUUUGGAACCGUUGGUUGUUCAUGAAGCUUUAGGUAAUGCUAGAGCCGAAUGGACUUUACGGCAUGUCUUGAAUGCGGGUAGCUUAUUGGGAAAAUCAUGCCAGGGAACUUUGAAACUAGCAGGACAUUCACACGAUUUGCAACAAAAAGGUUAUUUAUUUGGAAAACAUCUGGCUCUAGCUUGGCAAGCUUGUUUAGACAGAGAACCAUUUUCAGUAGGAUCUACAGGACCGUUCAGUUUAAUCAGCGCCCCAGUAUUAUUUGCCCUUGAACAUAAUCCAGACAUGUACAAUUUAAUAGAAAAAGGUUUAGACGAUAUUGAACAAGUUGACUUCGAGGCCGUUCGAAAAGCAGUUAUGAGUGGACCAGCUUUGGAUAUGACCAAAAACUUGCAGAAAGAUCAUUCUAAAGCAGCGCUAGAAGUUCUUAACGAACUAAAAGAAUCUGACGCGAGAACUGCGUUAAAAAAUAUAAUAGUAGCCAUCCAAGAUUGACGUUUCUUGAAUAUUUUUAAUAUAUAAAACAUAAAAAUGUACUUUUUUCCAUCCUGAUUAUUUCAUUAUUUAAUGGAGAUAGUUUCAAUACAACAAUUUUUGUUCAAAACAGAACUAUGCUCAAGUGUAGAAAGGUAUCACACAAUUGAAUCAAUUUGCAUUCCUUCUAACUAUAUUGUUGUACGUUAUACGUUUCAUCAUUUUGCUGGUGGUCGAUAAAUUGUGUCACAUUGUUUAAAUUACGUUUUAAUCUUCUUUCUAAGCUAAUCGCUUAAAUUUUCAAUAGGAUUUAGUAGCUGUAAAUGAGCAGGUCAAUUUGAGUUAUCCACCUCUAAAUUAGAUGAGCUACUCACAUUAGAGUGAAUUUGUUGUUUGCUCUUAUUGAGUUUAAAAAUUUGGUGCAUUCUCAAUACUAAAUUUUACAAGUCAAGGGUUGGAGGGCUGCCCUACUAUCUGCUAUACGUUGCGCUAACAGCAUUCAUUUAAUCAAGAACUGAAAUUACUUUCAAUUAUGCCAGGGAAGUCGAAUUGUUAGCGUAAACUUUAGAUUUGACAGAAAUUCACUAGAAUGUUCUAGAAUCGGAUCUGCGUGGACGCCAACUUAUGUCACCUCUUCUGUAUCAAGGAAAAAUUUCACGACGUCGUGGCAGAGAUCUAUUGGACGAGUGUGAAGCUGCUCGGCUCUGCUGAAACCAUGCCCUUUAAUUAUAACCAUUGCAGUUUUGCACGAAGAAGUUGCCUAACAUUUGCAAAUGUGAAUUCACUACAACUAUUUCGUCUUCAUAGCAGCUUAUAUUCAUUUUAGAUGAAUGUAGGUGGUUCUGAUGUUUGUGUUUUGGAUUGGUUGCUCUGGAAUAGCGACAAUUUUGCUAGGAGUAUUUUUUAUCAGCACAUCUAUUAGUUUCCUUAAUCCUUAGACCUUAAUCAAAUCAAGAUAACUAUCUUUUCUGUACUGAAUACUAUUAAACACUAAAAUGUGUUUCUUUUUUAUUUGAACAGUUUUUAAACGGUGGUGUGAAUAUAUACACUCGGUUUUUCUUACUUAUUUACUUAAUUUAUUUAUACACUAACACUAAAUACACUUAACUAUUCACUCAUUUAUAUUAUCUAUUUAAAUCUGCUGUUUACAUCCAAGUAUUCACUGAAUACUAGGGCUGUUAGAAAUUCGUUUAUACACAUUAUAAUCUUAUCCAGAAUGUUCGUUAUCUCGAAUUUGUUGUAAAUAAAUAAAAAGACCUUUUUAGAAAUGAUCAUAACAUUUUGUAAAACAAUUCAAAGGCUUUCUUGGAAUGUGUAUCCAGCGCGUUCACUAAAAUCUAAAUUCUAUCAACAUAAUUGAACAGAACCGGUUUCAUGGUCUAUGUCAUGGACAAGUUUGUAACAAUACAAAAUUAGAAAAUUAAGUAAGAUCAAUUUUUCUCUUAUGUUUAUUUAUACAAAAAAACUUUGAUAAAAUGUGAUUUUCAAUAAAAAAUAUAAAGUUGUUUA